AUGCCGCGAAAGUCAGCAUCGCCUAAGCGCAAGCGCUAUUCAUUGCCUGUCGCAGGCGACACGACCCUCGACCGCAUCGAUGAGCACGAAGGCGGUGCACCACCGGAAGAGACACAACCCAAGAAGCGCGGCAGACCGAAGAAAGUACCACAAGCAGACGAUGGCAAGCCAAAAAGGAAGCGUGGGCGACCGUCGCUUGGCGAGAAGAGCCACAGCGAACUGAUCGAGGAUGUCGUCGCAGUUGAUCAGUCCGCGGGACAUAAUGCACCCGCAGCCGAAUUGUCAGCUGAAACAACUCAAUCCAGGAGAGGACGCCCAAAGAAGGCUCUUCCGACUCAGCCCCGCGACGACGAGGCUGUCCCGGAGCAAGGAGAGGACCAGCGCGACUCGACGACUGCAUCACAGCGGAGACAGAACAGACAACAAGAGCCAGCGCAAGAAGAACCCGAGCAGUCACAGGAGGAGGCGGAGCAUUCUGCGGCUGCGACACACAAAAGGGGACGACCGAAGAAGAAGGCCGAGACGCAACCAGAGGAAGACCGUAAACGACGAGAGGGCAGUCCUUCGCCCGCGAAGCGAAAGCGCGGCCGUCCCUCAAUGAAAGCUGCCGAGGGACCCUCAUCGACAAGCCAUGUCACGACCUCCAAACCUGUCAGCGAGCCAGUCGAGGAGCAACAGUCCGGUGGUGAGACGCAGGCUCCGGAAGAGAACAUGGCCAUUGUGCGGCACUACAACGACAUCCUCCCCCGAUCCCACCCUCGCCUCGUGCCCAAGGACCGCACUCUCUCCAAGUCGGAGAUUGACGAGAAAUGGGCGCCUCUGGCUGGCCCGGCGCUGGAGGCAGCCACUGAGCUGCUGGUCCCCGCAGGCCAUGCGACAAUCAACGCACUGCCUCUCGGCACGACGAGACGCAAGCACACGGAAGCAGCUGUUGCGGGGAUACAGAGACGUCUGAUGGCGUACACCAGCAAGAUGCCCUUUCCGCCGCCGUCGUCGGGCAUGCGCCGCAAGGCAAAGAAGCGUGGUGGCCUGCCGGAGGAGUACGAGCCCGAGUUUGACUACGAGUAUGUGUACGACAGGACGACCAACCUACAGGCUCAGCUCGACGCCGCGCAGUGCGCGGUGGAGGUGCUGCAGCGGGAAAGGGGCAAGGAAGAGCAGGCGCUGGAGCGCGACUACAAAGUCCUGCAGAAUCUCGAGGCCAGUGCGAAAGCAGAGAAGAGAGACGCGAGAGAGUUGAUCAAGAAGGUGCAUGUCCUUGCGCCAGACAGACGGAGGGCGGUAGAGGACGAGAGUGGCUUGGUGGUCGACGGGAAAGCCCAGCCAUCUCUGCAGGAUCUUGAGGAUGAGGAGGUCAAAAGUCUGGCUAUGCAGUUGAGCGGACACAUGGACAGCAUCCGGACGAACAUGGCGCAGCUCGAUGGGCUGUCGCCGCAGCUGGAACGGAGCAGUGCCGCGUUGAGGAGUGUCCUGGCGCGACAACUCAGUGACGAAGAGUAUCAUAGGGUGUUAUUCGACUGA